GCAGUUAUUUAUCAGUUACUGAAAAAUGGAUAAAAAACUACUGAUUUCUCUUAUUUUCGGAAUUUUAGCCGUUAUCGCUAGGGUAGCUUUUUUCGUUUUGACCCCACCAUUUUUGGAUUUCUUCAAGACGAAUUCUUCGAUAUCGAAUUCGACAAAUUCCUCCCAUCCCGGAACAGAUACGAGAUCAAUAAGUGUUUUAUUUCUUAUGAUUGGCCAAUGGGCUAUGUGCCUGGUUUUUGCGGCUAUCUGUGUAGCAAUUCAAUACUGCUUUGAUCGUCAGACAGUUGUUGAUAGCCAUAAAAAUUACUCAAAGAUUCGUUUUCUGUUUAUUGGGUCAGCCCAAGGUAUAUCAACUGUGUUAGUUAUCUACGCAGCAAGCGGCUCUCGAACUGCGCCGUAUCUUCAAGCAAUUCUAGGAAAUUUUACAAUUCCGAUUCAAUUUACAAUAAGAUUUUUAAUUUUACGUUUGAGACCCACCUGCAGGAAACUGAGUUGUGCAAUUGUUGUUGUAUUUGCAGAGCUUAUUUGUCUUAUUCCUACAAUAUUUCCUCAAUUAGAGAAUUCGACUGCUCAUCAAGAUGAAGGUGGAGCAACUGGAGCUGGAAGAAUUUUAUGGCCAAUAUGCUUUGUCUCGUCCCAGAUUCCCUUCGCAAUUGCGAACUCCAUAAUGGAGUCCAGUGUUAAAUCCAAUACCGCUGGAAGGCAUGUUAGCUCCAUGUUUUUUCUAUUCUGGUUCUCUUUAGCCUGUUUAUCUGUUAUUCUUCUUACUUUCUGGUUUGAUAUAAUUCCGGGUUUUGGAACAUCUGACUCGAUAAAGAUCUUGGGAGAAAGACUGAACUUCAACUUUAAAUGUAUACUUGGAUUAGAUGGGUGUAAAACUCAAGUUGCUCUCCUUGGUUGGUUUAGUUUUGUUGCCAACACUGUUGGGUCGACAUCAUUUGUUUUCCUUCUGAGAUACUCAGAAGGAGCAAACUUUAUCAUGAUUCUAUUAUGUUUACGAACUCCACUGGCAUUCAUUUUCUGGACACUGUUUGAAGAGCCUCCUCUUCGUUGGGCCCCUCAUACAAGCCUAAGUACUUGGCUAAGUAUAGGAACCAUUGUAGUCAUGCUACCAGCCAUAUACAUUUAUAAUACGGGACCACCGGAAAUUUACAGUCCAUCGAGAAAAAGAGAUCAGGAUGCUGAACCCUUGCUUGACGAUAGCCUAAGCGCUGAUCAGAAAAAUUUAGUAAAUGAUAGCCCAGCUACACAGAAUGAAACAGAUGUAAUAACAUAA